GGGCGCUGCACCAGAGGAGGCGGCCCCCCGAUGAUGCCUUCGCAUACAACUCACCGCGCCCUUACGUUCCUUCACCUCGCCCCUGGCCUAAUGGACCGGUGCGGGAACUGCGUAAGAUCAGUGACUACAGCGAGUGGGUGGCGUUGCUGGUGCUCUCACGUUGUGCUGGUCUUCCCCAGGCUCCUGCAUAUCACCUAAUUCUGGAGGGCAUCUUGAUAUUAUGGAUAAUCAGACUUUUAUUCUCCAAGACCUACAAACUUCACGAGACUUACAAACUGACAGAAAGGGAAAAAGAGGACCUGAUAGAAGAAUGGCAGCCAGAUCUUCUUGUCCCUUUAAUUUCAAAAGACCAUCCUUCCCUUAAAUACAACAUUGUUUCAGGACCACCCAGCCAUAAAAUCAUAGUCAAUGGAAAAGAGUGCAUUAAUUUUGCCUCCUUUAACUUUUUGGGACUCCUUGACAAUGAGCGUGUGAAGGAAAAGGCUUUGAUGUCACUAAAAAAAUAUGGUGUUGGCACAUGUGGUCCAAGAGGCUUUUAUGGAACAUUUGAUGUCCAUUUAGAACUGGAGAAUCGCCUUGCCAAAUUCAUGAAAACAGAGGAGGCCAUUAUCUAUUCAUAUGGCUUUGCAACGAUGGCUAGUGCGAUUCCGGCCUACUCCAAAAGAGGGGACAUGAUCUUUGUGGAUGAAGCUGCCUGUUUCUCCAUCCAGAAAGGCCUUCAGGCAUCCCGCAGCUUCAUCAAAUACUUCAAACACAAUGACAUGGAGGAUCUGGAGAGACUGCUAAAAGAACAAGAGUUAGAGGACCAGAAGAAUCCUCGUAAAGCUCGAGUGACGCGGAAGUUCAUUGUGGUUGAGGGAAUGUACAUCAACACAGCAGAUAUUUGUCCUCUCCCUGAGCUGGUAAAGUUCACAAGUAAUACAUUUCAAGUAAUAUAAACUAAAUAAACCCCU